UCCCUCUGCCGAUGGGUCCUCUCUUUUCAUCUUCUCCAUUUGCCGCAAAAACCUCCCUUUCUCUCUCUUCACUACCCACAAUCCUCAUUCCCCAGUUCGCUACUUCUUGGGGGGUUUUGUAGAGGUUUUCUCCUACUCAUUUCAUUCGACUAUCCAAUUUCUUUACAAAAGAAAGAUAGCAAGAAUAGACUGAGGGACUGAAAGAAGGAGAUGGGUUCUCUGCAAGAUGUGUCAAGGAAAGGAAAUAGAGGAAAAGACGAGGGAGAAAAGGUAGAGGAAGAGCCAAUAUUGAAGCAGCAAAACCAGAGGUUUUGCAUGUUUCCCAUUAAGUAUCAGCCCCUUUGGUAGAUGUACAAGAAGGCUGAAGCCAGUUUCUGGACCGUAUGCUCGUAGUGGCAACUUCAGGGACUGGAUAUGUGCUGGGGAGUGGAAAUGCCAUUGAUUUUGCGGUUGGAUUUGUGUUGGAACAAUGAUGGUUGCUAACUCCUUGAAUCAGGUACGAUGUUUUACUCUUUACUGACUUGUUAUUUGCUAUCUUGGAACCUUUGGUUGUCAUGCUCCAGAGUAAGUUCUCAACUGCUUUCUCAACUUCUUGCUUGACCUCUGCUUAAGUAUAAUCAUAUAAAUAUAAUGCCUGUUUUCCUUACAAUAUGGAGUUACUUCAUAAAUGAAGUCUUAGGCAUCCCUCGUGAGAGAUAGCCAAGCAUGAACCAUAAGCAUAUAAGCUUCCUGUGACAAUCGAACACUGAUCUAACUUCUGGAGUUUCAAAUGACAGAUUCACAAUGACUGGAGCACUGACUUUCAAGAGUGAUGGUUAUAGUUUAGGGGUUAUCCUUUUGGAGCUCUUAACUAGACGUAAAUCUGUUGAUCAUACACUCCCACAUGGACAGUAGAGUCUUGUGACAUGGGCAGCUCCACAACUUAGUGAAGAUAAAGUGAAGCAGUGUGUUGAUGCUAGACUACUUGGAGAUUACCCUUCAAAGGCACUUGCAAAGUUUGCUACUGCGGCCACAUUUUGCCUGCAAUACGAAGCUCAUUUUCGGGAGCAUUGUAGUCAAAGCUCUCCAGCCUUUUUUGCACACUAGGCCCACUGUCCAGGGUAAAAUGCAACAUCCAUAAAUUCCACAGUGACUUGCCUUCCGGUCUUUGCUAAAUCUGACGUUAUGAUUUGUUCUGUAAAUUGAUGCUUUUGGAUUUCCAUUGUUUUAAACCUUGGAGAUUUUAUUUGUCUUGUCGUUGUAGUUCUAGUUUGACUCGAAUGAUUUGAGGCGUGAUAUUUGAAUGAUUUGAGGCAUGUUGUUACCGAUUUUUAUUUUUAUUCUCAUAUUUAUAAAAUUUAAAUGUGGCA